GAUAAAGGUCGUCACUUCGCGCUGCUGCUGCGAGGAGAUGAUUCACCACACAAGCUGAAUAUUUUGUGAUCGAUUUGAAACAUUAAAAACCUACUGUCGUGGGCCUUAACGGUGGACGUCAAUAAAACAUUGGCUAAGUCAACAGAUGUUGCAUUGAAUUUAAGGUGAAACGAAUACGACUUCUUUCACAUAAUCCACCCAGAUCUCUCAUCGCUUUCUUUAGAGCAGCGAUAUGCUUCCGAGUCCUGUGACUUCAACCCCGUUUUCGGUUAAGGACAUUCUUAAAUUGGAACAGCAACAUGCUCUUAACCCGAACGGUUUCCUGGGUAUUGAGCAGGACACUUUGCCUCUGCAGUCGCUCCAGCUUGAAUGCAUGCAGAGUACAUUAAGCCAGAGCCUGGAUCUACUCUACAGUCCCGAGAAACACAGUGUGAUUGCUGGGGAACAGGUGAAAUGUGCCUUGAGUUCAGAUGACUUUGACAUCGUCAGAGACUCCUGCAGUUCUCCAACAGAAGAGGAGAUGGAUCCCAGCGAGGACACAAGCAUGUGUCAGUUUGACGACUCGGUUUGUAAAAAAGAUGAAACAACCAUUGAGAAACCGAAGCAGAGGUUGCGCAGGAAACCCCGAGUUCUCUUUUCUCAAACGCAAGUGUUUGAGCUGGAAAGACGCUUCAAGCAGCAGAGAUACCUUUCAGCGCCCGAGCGAGAUCACCUGGCUCAUGUUUUGAAACUCACGUCCACACAGGUCAAAAUAUGGUUUCAGAACCGGAGGUACAAGUGUAAGAGACAGCGACAGGAUAAAACUCUAGAGCUGGCCGCGCCACGAAGGGUGGCAGUGCCCGUGUUGGUGCGAGAUGGAAAACCCUGUCAUGGACCUUCUUACAAUGUCACUGUAGGAUCGUAUCCUUACAAUAACUAUUACGGCAGUUAUGGAAAUAACCCAUACCACUGUAACCUCACUUCUGUGCCUUCGUUUGUCAAUACAAACCAAUUACCCAACCACUUUGUGGAUAUGAAUUUAACGUCGGGAAGUGUUGAUGGGAUUAGAGCUUGGUGAGACGUGUCACAAUCCAUAUACAGUGAACUUUUUGGAUAAAGACAAUAUAACCAAAUGGCACUGCUGAAAAGACAUUGAAAAAAUAUUUUGUCGUACUGUAGCAAAUUGUU